AUGGCGGUCAAGAAGAAGGACUCCUACUUCGUGACGACUCUUCCGGGAGAUGGCAUCGGCCCUGAGAUCAUGUCAGCCACUGUGAAAGUCUGCCAGGCUGUCGCGGCCAAGCAAGGGUUCAAGAUCGAGUUCAAGGAGGCCCUCAUCGGAGGAGCUGCCCUUGACGCCUGCAACGAUCCCUUUCCCGACGAGACUCUGAAGCAGAUGAAGUCGAGCGACUCUGUCCUCCUCGCCGCCAUCGGAGGCCCCAAGUGGGAUGCCAAUCCUCGUGACAAGCGUCCUGAGACUGGACUUUUGAAGAUGAGGAAGUCGCUGGGUCUCUUCGCCAACCUUCGCCCUGCCACUGUUCUUCCCCAGCUUGCUGAUGCUUCUACUCUCAAGCCCGAGGUUGUCAGUGGGGUCGACAUCAUGGUUGUGAGGGAGUUGACGGGAGACGUCUACUUCGGAGAGCCCAAGGGCAUUACCACCAAGGACGGCGAGAGGUUCGGGUACAACAACAUGUGCUACAAGGAGAGCGAGGUCAAGAGAAUCGCCAAGGUUGCCUUCGACAUCGCCAGGAAGAGGGGCAAGAGGGUCUGCUCGGUUGACAAGGCGAACGUGCUGGACGUCAGCCAGCUGUGGCGCGACGUUGUGAUCGAGACCCACAAGGACUAUCCUGACGUCGAGCUCUCGCACAUGUAUGUCGACAACGCUGCCAUGCAGCUUAUCCGCAACCCGAAGCAGUUCGAUGUGAUGGUCACCGGAAACAUCUUCGGAGACAUCCUGUCUGAUGAGGCCUCCAUGCUCGUCGGCUCCCUCGGCAUGCUCCCUUCCGCUUCCGUCGGCGACCCCUCCGGCCCCGGCGUCUUUGAGCCCAUCCACGGAUCCGCUCCUGACAUCGCCGGAACGGACAAGGCCAAUCCCCUCGCCACCAUCCUCUCCGCUGCCAUGAUGUUCCGCUAUGACCUUGACCGUCCCGAGGCUGCGCAGGCUAUUGAGGAUGCAGUGAACAAGGUCCUUGACGACGGCGUCCGCACCGGAGAUCUCGGAGGAAAAGUUGGAUGCAAGCAGAUGGGCGAAGAGGUCUGCAAGAGAAUCUAA